AAGCACCAGCAGCAGUGUAUUAUGAGACUUCAGCAAGGGCUCCUGUGCAGCACUGCCUCUACCAGGUGAAACAUCCUUCACUGAACGGCAAGUUUAAAAAGCCAUCGGAUCAUAACCAUAUACCCAAGUGGGAGUAUUAUCAGUUUGUUGCUGUUUUAUAUACUGCGAAGGUUAAUUCCCAGGAGCAGAGCUGGAGAGAUGACCGCGGUUUUGGAUAGCCUUGGUUCGGAUAUGCACACAACACAUCUUACCUCCAGCAACUUCAGCGCCGUGCACAAGUCUCAGGACUCUCCCACACUGCCAGUGUCAACGGUCACCGACAGCAGUUUCUACAGCGUUCCUCAGAGCGCAAAUUGCGCAGGAACGGCGGCUUACGCGCAGCUUGCCUCCUACUCUUACUCCCAUGGCGGAGGAGUGAGCGCCGGAUCCUACAGCCCCAAACCAUACGACAUGGGCUUCGGCUCUUCAUACGGUGCUUAUGGCGCUUACGGACCCGGUUCUUCAUCACCCACUCCCACAGAGCCAGAGAAAGACGAAAGUGAGCCGGAGGUGCGCAUGGUGAAUGGCAAGCCAAAGAAAGUCCGGAAACCGCGAACCAUCUACUCGAGCUUCCAGCUGGCUGCUCUCCAACGCCGCUUCCAGAAGACCCAGUACUUGGCGCUCCCGGAGCGCGCAGAGCUUGCAGCUUCUCUGGGCCUCACGCAGACUCAGGUGAAGAUCUGGUUUCAGAACCGGCGCUCCAAGUUCAAAAAGUUGUGGAAAAAUGGGGAGAUUCCACCCGAGCAACACGUGGGUUCAGGUGAAUCUCCUACGGCGUCUCCUCCCCCGCAUACCUCCUGGGAUUUCCCCGCAAAUCAACAAGGAGACGGGGACUCUACCACAGAGCAGACCACUGGUCCACCCAACACCACAGCACCAUCAUAUUUGUCCAACUAUCCAUGGUACUCAUCCACGAACGCGCAUUUACAGCCAAACACGCUCUCGCAAAUCCAUCACAACUCCAUGAGCGCUGGUGCCAUUUUCUAGUCGUGAACUCUAGGUGUCUAUCAGUGCACCUGUUACAGGACAAUGAACUUGUAGUGCACAUGCAAGCAUGGAGAGAAGAAGAAACACUGACUCCGACAUGCAAUUUUUCGUGGGUUUUUUUAUUAUUAUUUUUUAUUAUUAUUUCCAUUUGCUAUGGAUUUCCGUGGCGUGCUCGAAUGCGCAUGAGCGAAAUCGACUCAUUAAAUUAUUUUUCUAUUUAUUUAUUUGGUUUUUGUUUGCAGUCGCAGGACAGUGGGACAAAUCACAUGCCAAGUAGAAAAAAAAACGGGUAGCCUUUUAUUGCGUUGCAUUGCAAUUUUGUUCCCCCUAUCAGACUAUAUUAGGCCUACAGAGUAAAAUAUCAUGCUGUUUAUACAACUUGUACUCACAAUAAAAAAAAAGGAAAAAACAUGCAUUUUGAUGUCGACCUA